GCCAAUUCACCUUAUCAACUCCGUCGAUAAUACUAAAUUACCUUGCUAUACUCUCCCACCGACGCAGCUCCACAGCUUCUUUAGAGACUUAUCCCGCGACCCAGUUACUUAUGCGUUCAUGUGCAUGUGGACAUUAGACUUGCUUUUUUGAUUGGCUGUUGUGACAGCUGUGGUUUUGGUUCGACCAGCGAUCUGACAAAGAUUUUUCUAACCGUUCCUUAGAUUUCUAAGCAGAAUAAUAAUUAGACUUAUAACUAACUUAAAACUAACGUAAUUUUGAAAACUGAGAUUAAAUGUACAUUGCCAUAUUAAAAACAAAAAUAAACAAAACAUGGAGUGGUCGCAUACAUCAAGAAAUUUAAAAAAAUAAUUUUUUAUUGUUACGUUGUCUAGGUUCGUCGUGAGUAUCAUCCCAAGUUCAGAAAGAAUGCAGCUCCAAAGAUCAUGAAGUUUCUUCGCCUGUACUUUGUAUGUAGCUUCUUAAACAAACUUUAGUCCUCAGUUGUGAAUUAUGUGUCAUCAGUCUCGUUACAACUUGCACGUCACAAGCAAUAUGAUUCGUAAACUCUGAUUCAUUACAGCGUUACAGAUAUUUGAGCACUCUAAAGAGCAACCUACCGUCUUUGUCACCUGUGGAUACAUAUUGGCCUUCAUCUUCACCCAUGUUUAGGGAGACAAACAAUCUUCUUAAAGGCUUGUACCACUCUUGGAGAGUAAGUUGUCGUCAUAAAACAUUAGAGAACGAAAACAAACGAUCAAACGAAAAUACUAAAUAUUACGCAUAAGCUGCUGCAGACUAUUUUCCCUUAUAUUUCUUAUUGUUGCUCAAGAAGGCAGGAAGACUAUGAAAUAGUUUGUAAACUCGCUCAGAUUUGGCUCUUUUCCUCCCCAGUGUAAGAAAUUCAGAGACAGAUGUCCUCCCGAAAAGAGAGCGAUUCUAAAAGAAAAACUCCAAGCCAGUGAGGUGUUCAAAGACAAAAAAUCUUCGUAUCCUUCCACGUAAGUUUGAUAACUUUUUGAUACAAUCAAUAUGUUUCUCGUCUUUCAUGACUUUGUUAAAUUCCGUCUCUCUUUAUUUUUGUGAUGUGGAUGUUAAGUCCUGUCCCUGUGGAUCUUGCAAUUUUCCUCCCAUUUUAUGAACACAGGAGCCAAGUAUUCCCAAAACAUACCACUCAAGCUUUUAGGAAGAUAAAAACCGUUUUUCUUUUUGUUCGUACUUCUUGUUUUGUAGGGUAGCAGUUCCUUUCCAAAGCGAUCGUGUCAACCUUAAUGCCAAUCCAAAGUGGAAAAAGAACACUGGUAACAACAACCAACGAAUCGUGUGGGCGGAUUCUGUGUUAAAGAUCAAUAGAAAAAACGGCAAGGUCUACUAAAAUGUUUUUAUUGUUGUAUUAUAUUUUCAGUUUGUUGAUCAGGAAUUAAAUGUAAGAGGGGAGAGGAUAAAACGGCUGUGCGUUAAAUGUGGAACGGGCGCGGAGAAAAGCGAAAGUUUUCAUGCGGCGAUUUGCUUCUCCUUUACAAAGAUUUCAGAGUAAAUUCCUACUGGGAGAGAACAGUUAUUCUUUCACAACAGUGAUCUCACAGUUGAUCGAAAGCGAUGUUUGCGACCUUCAGACUUGAUCUUUUGUUUAUAUCUGUGAGUGAUAAGCUAACAUAUUUUUCUUAAAAGAGUGAAUACCCUUCAAAAAAAAGCGUAAUCUGAAGGCUCGAUUUCACGAAACUAGUUUUAGUCUGGAUUUUAAACGUAAGCGUUUCGAGUGGGGAAAUCUGUUUUUUAAGUUACUUCCUCUCAUAGUUGGAACAUUUUCUUAAUUUGGAACGAACUCUGCAUGAAAAUACUUUACAGACAUAUAAGUAAGCUGUAAUUUCCAUGUUUUAUCGUUCCUCUUCUUCCAGGCAGUACCUCACAUUUUGACCAUUUCGGACACUGAGAUGCUGGUGUUAGACCCCAAGUCUCUCCUCACGAAAUACAACAUUGAUUUGGGAGACAUUCAGAGAAUCUCCGUCAGUCCGCUGAAAGACGGAGUAAUCGUGUUCCACAUUCGCACGGUAGAUGUCCAUCUGUCUGUGUUAUUCUUUGGGACCAAUCAAUAUUUGUCGAGGAGGGCGGGGGGGGGGGGUAUUUUGGGGAUCACAUUAUUUUUAGGGGAACGGAGGGAAAUCAGUUGUCGCUAACAGAGCGUAAAGGGCCCACUAUAGAAAAUUGACUUCCAGUUAGGGGGAAUCAAAAGAAUACUACAGCGCCCGGGAAGGUGGGGGGGGUGUCCAGGUAGAUUCUCCGCCCUCCGCCCUCCGCCCUCCGCCCUCCGCCCUCCGCCCCCCCCCCCCCCGGCGAUAAAUGAUAAGCGGACUCUCAGUUUUUUUUUUUUUUUUUUUUUAACUCGUGGUUUGGGGGAACUUAAAAUUUUGUCAUAGUUAGAAGUUUAAAUUUCAGAUCGAUGUCUUGGUUUUUGUGUCACAAUUGCUCAUGUUAAAUGGGCGAGCACUGACAUGUGUUUUGAGCCAUCAUUUUAUUCAUUUCAAUGAUUCUUUUUUUUCGCUGAAAUUCAUUGAUUGACAAAUGGCAAAUUUGUCGUCUUGUAUAGCGAUAGUUAAGCCCUCAUUAUUAAUAGCGUCUCGGCGGAAGCGUUUCUUUGCCCGCGGGAAAGUAGGAGGCUUUGAGCAACGCCAGCCAACGGGUGAUAAUUAGUAGUCCCAGAUCCCCGGCCAAGCUCUUCUCGAUUCGUCCCAAAUCUUCCCGCUGACGAACGUGCGUCCUGUAGUGUAAUGAACGAGGGCCUUCACUUAGGCCAAGCGUUAGUUUUUUUCAGCUCAUCGUUUUGAUUUCGAUCUUGUGUUCUUUUCAGGACAAACAAGAUAAGAACCAUCAGAAAGGUGACUUCAUGUUCCACACGGAGCAUGUGGUCGAGUUAGUUGCCAAGCUGUUGGUGCAAGCAGAAUCCCAACAAGACAUGUCUGCCGCCGUUCAUGUUUCAGAAAGGUAAAAACGGGAAUGGAUUCUAAUAAGGGGUUGACCUUGAAAAAAGGUGGUCAGGAACCAUGGAUUCCUGAGACAGUUUGGUCUCAUCUAGUCUCUGGAUUUCUUGAUGAAGGAAGUAGUUAUUUGAGGAGACUAAUCGGUAGGAAAAAGUAUCAAAAUUUUGAGUGCGAACCUUUAAAACAGACUUAUCUUCCCUCAUAACGUUAAGUCAUGACACGUGUACUUGCGCUUUGUUGUGUCACAUUUCAUUAUAUCAAUAUGUUUUUUUCCUUUUUAGGAUCGCUGUGAAUUUUUCUGAAACUUCGGUCGAGCUGCUCUUCAAACGCGCAGACAAAGAUCUUCCUCAACCGCUAUUGUGUAAAAGAAAAGGAGCUGUUAUAGAUGUCUUAGUUUGAUUAUUUUCUUAACAAAUCGUACAGUAUUAGUUUGGUUUUUGCCAUAUCCACCUUACAGCAAAGCUAAGCGUUCAUGGUGUCGAGGUUUUUACAUCCUUUAAAAAAAAGGAAAUUAUUUAAAAAUAACAUAACGAUUACAAGUUAUCGUCGUGCAUUUGUUUCGAAGGUUUAACUUUAUUAAUAUUUAAUUUAAUCGGCAGAAUAUGAAAAAUUACAAAUCUUCCAUGACUGGUUGGGCCUUUUCUCUCAUCUCAUUCUUUCCCUAAGGGUUUUGGAUGUCAGCAUUCCCUCGAGCACCGAUACAUCUUCGGCGGAUUCUUCGAACAAUAAGCUAUUUAACUCAUAAAUUUUCUGCCGUUGAACUUGAUUGUUUCAUUCUUUUCGCUCCUGCUGCUUUAUCAAGGCAAGAUGUAACAUAAAGAGUGUUUUUAAAACUUAUUUUACAAUAAAAUUAUUUACUUGUC